AUGUACAAUUCUUCGUCGAGCACAGUCGACGUGGAGCAAGGGGACUCAGGAGUGCGAAAGCGCCUGACCCUGACUUUUUGCAAUGUCAACGUCCACGUCACAGCUCCUGAUGCGGCGUUGGGAGACACAUUGCUGUCGGUUGCUGACCCAAGGCAAUAUUUGGAUAUAUUCCGCAGAAGCAAACGGCCAAAGAGGACAAUCCUGAAGAACAUCAACGGCCAAGUGAGACCAGGAGAAAUGAUGCUCGUUCUAGGAAGACCCGGGUCUGGCUGCACAUCCUUGCUGCGCGUCCUCUCCAACGACCGCGAAUCCUUCGACGAAGUCGCGGGCGACACUUGGUAUGGCAGCAUGGACCAUAAGGAGGCCAAGCGGUUCCGGCAGCAAAUCAUGUUCAACAACGAAGACGACGUGCAUUUCCCGACGCUGACCGUCAACCGCACGAUCAAGUUCGCUUUGCGCAACAAGGUGCCGCGCGAACGCCCGGGCCAUCUGCAGAACAGAGACGAUUUCGUGCAGGAGAAGCGGGACGGCAUCCUCGACAGCCUCGCCAUCCCACAUACCAAGAAAACACUGGUUGGGAACGAGUUCAUUCGCGGCGUGUCCGGUGGCGAGCGGAAGCGUGUGUCGCUGGCUGAGGUGAUGGCUGGUCAGAGUCCGGUCCAGUUCUGGGACAACCCUACGCGUGGUCUGGACUCAAAGACUGCGGUGGAGUUUGCGCGCCUGCUGCGACGAGAAGCCAAUGAGAACGACAAGACGAUUGUGGCGACUAUGUACCAGGCAGGAAACGGCAUCUACAAUGAAUUCGACAAGAUCCUCGUGCUUGCGGAUGGGCGAACGAUCUACUAUGGACCCCGGAGUCUGGCGCGGCAGUACUUUGAGGAGAUGGGGUUUGUCUGUCCUAAGGGGGCCAAUAUCGCGGACUUCUUGACUUCUGUUACCGUGCUCACUGAGCGUGUCAUUCGCCCGGGAAUGGAGGAGAAGAUUCCGAAUACCCCGGAAGAGUUUGAGGCCCGGUACCAUGCCAGCGAUAUCCAUGCCCAGAUGAUGGAUGAUAUCAGUCCUCCCGAGAAGCUCACUAAGGAGAAGGAUGAUCUAGUCAUGGCCGUGGCUAGUGAAAAGAGGAAGAAGCAUGUCCCUCGGCCGCAGAGUCCAUAUACCACCAGCCUAUGGCGCCAGGUGGCCGCUUGCACAGUCCGACAAUUCCAGAUCAUGGCAGGCGACAGACUUUCCCUUGUGAUCAAAGUUGUUUCUGCCAUCCUCCAAGCUCUCGUCUGUGGCAGUCUCUUCUACAACCUGCAACCUGACAGUACCUCUAUCUUUCUGCGUCCCGGCGUGCUCUUCUUUCCCGUCAUCUACUUCCUUUUAGACUCAAUGGGAGAAACGACGGCUUCGUUCAUGGGCCGUCCGAUUCUCACCCGCCAGAAGAGGUUUGCCUUCUAUCGCCCGACUGCCUUCUGCAUCGCCAAUGCCAUAACCGACAUCCCCGUGGUAAUCACCCAGGUGACGUGCUUCUCACUCAUUCUGUAUUUCAUGUCAGCGCUGCAGAUGGACGCCGGGAAGUUCUUCACCUACUGGAUCAUAGUCAUCGUGCAGACGCUGUGUUUCAUGCAGAUGUUCCGUGCGGUGGGCAGUCUGUGCAAGCAGUUCGGCAAUGCCUCAAAAAUUACAGGGUUACUCUCGACUAUCUUCUUCGUGUACGGAGGUUAUCUGAUCCCGUUCGAGAAAAUGCAUGUGUGGUUCCGGUGGAUCUUCUACCUCAACCCCGGCGCAUACGCGUUUGAGGCUCUCAUGGCAAACGAGUUCGUGGGAUUGGAGCUGGAAUGCGUCGCUCCAGAUUACAUUCCCUACGGAAUGGCGUACAAUGAUGCGCCGGCCAGCGCACGCGGCUGUUCAGUGCUAGGCAGCGACGGAAACACGAUCAACGGCGCUGCGUACAUCCGCGAGCAGUACAGCUACUCUGUCCACCAUAUCUGGCGCAGCUUCGGCAUCAUUGUCGGGUUCUGGGCCUUCUUCAUCUUCCUUACGUCUGUCGGAUUCGAGCUGCGCAACAGCCAGGGCGGAUCCUCGGUCCUCCUGUACAAACGAGGGAGCCAGAAGAAACGCACUGCGGACGAGGAGGCUACCCCGAAACCCAAAGCGGAUGCUGGUGCGCUCACGUCGACUGUCAAGCAGUCGACUUUUACGUGGAAUAAUCUGGACUACCACGUCCCGUUCCACGGCCAGAAGAAGCAGCUGCUUGACCAGGUGUUUGGAUACGUGAAGCCAGGGAACCUGGUGGCGUUGAUGGGGUGCUCCGGUGCUGGAAAGACAACACUCCUGGAUGUCCUGGCCCAACGCAAGGACAGCGGCGAAAUCUACGGAUCGAUUCUCAUUGAUGGUCGUCCCCAGGGGAUUAGCUUCCAGCGGACUACGGGUUAUUGCGAGCAGAUGGAUGUGCAUGAGGCUACUUCGACGGUCAAGGAAGCGCUUAUCUUUUCCGCGCUGCUUCGUCAACCGGCGAGUGUGCCUCGGGAGGAAAAGCUGGCAUAUGUCGAUCAGAUUAUCGAUCUUCUCGAGCUCACCGAUAUCCAGGAUGCUCUGAUUGGAGUCCCCGGAGCUGGUCUCAGUAUCGAACAGCGCAAGCGAGUCACGUUGGGAGUUGAGCUUGUCGCAAAGCCAACGCUUCUUUUCUUGGAUGAACCCACGUCUGGGCUUGAUGGCCAGUCUGCGUAUAACAUCAUUCGAUUCCUGCGGAAACUCGUCGAUGGCGGACAGGCUGUCUUGUGUACAAUUCACCAACCCUCCGCCGUGCUAUUCGAUGCAUUCGACUCCCUCCUCCUACUUGCGAAAGGUGGAAAGAUGGCCUAUUUUGGCGAAACUGGUAAGGAUUCGGUCAAAGUGCUCGACUACUUCGCCAAGAACGGUGCUCCAUGCCCUCCGGACGAGAAUCCCGCCGAGCACAUUGUCGAGGUGAUUCAAGGAUACACCGAGCAAAAGAUCGAUUGGGUCGAUGUGUGGAGCCGGUCCGAAGAACGAGAGCGUGCUCUUGCUGAACUGGAAGUCCUGAAUAAGGAUAGCAAGGCAAACACGCCGGAGGAUGAAGACCAGUCUGAUUUCGCCACGUCCCACUGGUUCCAGUUCUGUAUGGUGCUGAAGCGGCUCAUGAUUCAAAUCUGGCGGUCUCCAGACUACAUUUGGAACAAGAUCAUUCUGCACAUUUUUGCAGCCCUUUUCAGCGGUUUCACCUUUUGGAAAAUGGGCGAUGGCACAUUUGCGCUGCAACUUCGUCUGUUCGCGAUCUUCAACUUUAUCUUCGUGGCGCCUGGUUGUAUCAAUCAGAUGCAGCCCUUCUUCCUGCAUAACCGGGACAUUUUUGAAACCAGAGAGAAAAAGUCUAAAACCUACCACUGGAUUGCGUUCAUUGGUGCGCAGGCCGUAUCUGAGAUCCCAUACCUGAUCAUCUGCGCGACGCUCUACUUCUUGUGCUGGUACUACACCGCCGGAUUCCCGAACGACUCGAGCGUGGCUGGACAGGUUUACUUGCAAAUGAUCUUCUACGAAUUCCUCUACACCUCCAUCGGCCAAGCCAUUGCGGCCUACGCACCGAAUGAAUACUUCGCCGCAAUUAUGAACCCCGUGCUGAUCGGUGCGGGCCUGGUCAGUUUCUGUGGUGUCGUAGCCCCGUAUUCGGCGAUGCAGCCCUUCUGGAGAUACUGGAUGUACUACCUCGAUCCAUUCACGUAUCUUGUCGGCGGACUGCUCGGUGAAGUGCUGUGGGACCUGAAGGUUACUUGCGAGCCCUCCGAGCUGGUCCACUUUACUGCGCCGUUGGGGCAGACGUGUGGGGAGUACAUGGCUAGCUUCCUGAGUGAACAGCCCGGCUACCUUGUGGAUAACUCCACGUCGGAUUGCUCCUUUUGCAAAUACACCACUGGUGCUGAUUAUGCAAAGACCUUUAAUCUGAAGGAGAAGUAUUAUGCUUGGAGAGAUACUGGUAUCACUGCGCUGUUUUGCAUAAGCACUUACGCCGUUGUCUUUGUGAUGAUGAAGCUUAGGAGCAAGAAGACGAAGAGCGCUCGCUCUGAAUAA